AUGAGCUGUCUCAUACGAUUACAGGUCCAAUUCUGGAGACCUGAUUCAAGUUUUGUCAAUUUUGAAAGAGACUUUAAUCUUUUUUCUCUAGAUGAAAACCCAUUUUCACAACUUGAUAGGCGUGCCUCUUUAGGAGGACCAGUUGAAAGUGAUCCAUGUCUUCAUGCCAAAAGAAUCCUGGUACUUGGAAGUCCUGUGAGAACCGACACGGGGCUAACAUCAACACAAGGCUCUGACCAGAUAAAUGUUCCAAUUGAGGCCGAGGGGUUAACCGACAACGAUCUUGUUCUAGAACAGUAUCUAUCCCCAGCCUCACCAAUGCUGGCAGGAUUUCGUCUUGAUGGUUUCAGUGCAAUCAAGCUUUGA